AUGAGCACAGCAGAAGGACCGGUCGCAAAAAUCAUCCAAGAAAAGCUCACAGCGACAUUCCAGGUAUAAUUCAAGAUGAACUUGCAUUUAGAACCCCUCCAAUUUUCCAGCCGAAACAUCUGGAAGUCGCAUGCGAAAGCCAUUUACACAACGUGCCAAAAGGUGCUGAAAAACAUUUCAGAGUUCAAGUAGUCAGUGAUGCUUUCGAAGGAAUUCGUGUGAUUGAAGUGAGUCCCUGAAAAAGUUGGGAAAUAAAAAGAAAAGAGCACCAGUGAUCAAGUACUAUAAAUAUGUAUUGAAUUACAUUUCAAAGAUUAAAUAUGCAAAACUUGGAUGCUUAUUCUCACAAUUAAAGAUUCCUACGUGAGAAUUUGAAUAACAAGUUCAGUUUCAAAUGAGAAAGCCUUCUGAGAAAGGUUAAAAAAUGAAUAAUAAAUAUUCGGAACCAAAACUCACGAACACUUGAGUAAAUUAAUAUUAGAAAUGAAUUUAUCAGAAGAAAAAAUAAAAAUCCACGCAAAAAUUUCAAUUUUUCCAGCGCCACCGUUUGGUCAACACUUGUUUAUCCCACGAACUUGCCAAUGGUGUUCACGCUCUUCGAAUCGACGCAAUUCCAACCAGCAAAUGGACCGAAGGCAAACAACAAGAUCCAAGUCCGACGUGUAAAGGAGGUUUCGGUAAAUAA